CUGAUUAGCGCUCUCAGUCGUUCUGAAAUUCUCAACCAAUAAGUAACAACUCUUUUUUAACCUUUUUUAGGAACGCGUUUUUUCUAACUUUAAAACUGAGAACGACCUAAACAAUAUACGAGCUUCUCUUCGAAUUUUAACUUAAUUUUAAUUCAAUAAUACAAAUAAGAGAAAAACCGGCUGGAAAAGAAUUUUGAACAAAAUGGCGUCGUAUUUGGCGUUAUCGAAGUCGUCGAUCGGCGAGAUGACGAAUGAAAAUUCGGACACAAUGUCCGAAAUUUCCGAAUGUGGGACGACGACGUCGGGGUGGGCGUCGCAGUGGGGCUCGAGAGAAGAUCUGAGGGAUCUGGUCUCGAAAUUGGGACUCAGCAACGUCUCCGAGUUGUAUCAGGAACGCUUCAAGGUCGAUCGGAAUAAGCUGGAAAAAAUGCUUACAUGCGAUAAUGACGCUCUUUCCCCAGCCGACGUAUUCUUUGCUAAAGUCAUGGAAGACACAGACACCAUCAUUACAUGGCCAAACAAGCUAAAACUUGGUGCUAAAUCUAAAAAAGAUCCUCAUGUGAGAAUUGCAGGCAAACCUGAUGGCGUUAAGGCCGGCAGGGACAGGGUUUUGUCUGUCUUAAAUACAAUGUGUAACCGCGUGACAAUGAAAAUGGACGUCAGUUACACCGACCACUCUCAUAUUAUCGGCAGGGGCGGUUCGAGUAUCAAGAGCGUCAUGGAAGAAACAAAGUGCCACGUGCACUUUCCCGACUCGAAUCGAUCAAAUCCGAAUGAGAAAAGUAACCAAGUCUCCAUUUCCGGUGAUAUAGAGGGCGUGGAGAUGGCUCGGUCACGUGUCAGGGAACUGAUACCACUAAUUUUUGGAUUCGAGUUACCAAUCAAGUCCCAAAACGUGGAUGUCACCUUGCCGUAUAUUCAGAAAAUCCAGGAAGAAUACAGUGUGCAGGUCACGUUCAAAACGAGACCAAAACUGCAUGCCACGUUGGUCUUGGUGAAGGGGGUGGAAUGGGAGGUGCAUAGAGUCAAAAAAGCAACCCUGUUACUUAUGGAGUGUCUAUGUGAACAUUUGGCGAGUCAAACUCCGGUUCAAAUGGCCAUGGAAAUCACACCUCAUUAUCAUCCAGUGGUUCUAGCUAAAAACCACUCUAACCUUAAAGCCAUAAUGCAGCACACAGGUUGCCAAAUUAUGCUUCCCGACGCCCAAGAUCCGAAUAUUCCAACAUUAAAGAAGAGCAACGUGACUAUAACUGGAAAUAUCCAUGACAUUUAUAAUGCGAGGCAAUUACUUAUGGGCAGUCUACCAUUGAUGAUCAUUUUCGAUUUGCCAGACGAUCAUGCUGAUUUGAGAAUUAAGCCGGAACAAAUUCAAGAAAUCGAAACAAACUAUAACGUUUCGAUCAAUAUAAGACAGAAGGCAAACAAAGUUACCAAGGCGUGUGUUAUUAGGGGAAUUGAACGAUUAGUCAGUCACAUUUAUAAAGCCAGAAACCUCAUUUUAGGAAUAGAUGAACCACCAGUACAAGCUUUCAUCCCACAGUCCUAUCACCUCCCAAACACUGCUCCUGUUCAACCGAAUGAACUUCUCACUCCAACGAAUCUUAACCCUACAGUUUUAGCGAGUCCCUUGAUUUCCACCUCUUGGCCAUUUUUUCCUUCGCCAACCCUCCCCCCUCAACCACAACAGUCAAACAACCCUUUCAUGGCCUUUUUUAAUGGAAAUCAACAGCAGCAGCAAAUAUUCUUUCCGCCUAAUGUUAGUUCAAAUGCGUUACAUCAACAGAGUAUGGCUAAUAGUAGCGGCUACCAAUCUUUCAACCCAUCUCACCAUGAUCAGACCGUCACCCAACAAGAUAAACUAAAUAAUAGCACCUCUAGUUCCGUCUCGGCGAUUUCUAAUAAUCACAGUCCAACAAACACUUCUUAUUCUCCGAGUUAUUAUUAUACAGAAUCGUCGCAACAGUACAGCCCCUAUAACAAGCAAAACAAUCGUAAUCCAAGUACAGCAUUAUCCUCGGUCUUAUCAGAAAUGAAUAAACCAGGAGAAUAUCACAGUCCCACCCUGGACAAGAAGUUUUCGCCUACCACCAUGGCAGCCUACGAGUUGGAAAAUAAAAGAUUGGUUGCGAUAAGAGCUAUGAGGGCCAAGCCGAGCCCUGGAAGGUUGAGGGUGCCUAAUAACAGUUGGUCUGGAUGCGGAAUGAGUAAUACCAGCCCCGGAGGGUUUUUGGCUGACAAGUUUAAAAGGGAGGAUGAGAUCUGGAAACCCAACUCGCCAAGGGCUCUCCCUACCGAAUAUUCCAACGUCCUAUCCGGUUCCCCGUUAAUGAUGAACACUAGUAAUAUUUUAGAACACACACCCACGCACGUCUGGAAUCGCUUCACUAAUAACAGUGAUUGGCAGGACUUACCCACAUUACUGACCGCAAUGAACCUAGGGCACUACGUCCCGUUAUUCGUACAGCAUGAGAUUGAUUUGGCCAUGUUUUCCACCUUGACUGAUAAAGAUUUGGUUGAAAUCGGUAUUAGCGCUUUUGGGACCAGAAGGAGAAUGGUUUUGGCAAUAACAGAAAUUAACAAAAAAAACUCACCGUUCUCUGCAGCCCCGGGGGCCGAGAGAAGACACUCAUCAACUAAUAGUCCAAAUAAUAGCCCAACUCAUUAAUUGUAAGUAACAAAAAUAUUAGUUUAAUAAAAAAAUCUUCAAAUAAUCAAAUUAUUUGAAAAUUAUAUUUAAAAUGCGAUCGAAAAAUAUUUGUUAAAAAAAAAACGCAGUUUUAGAAAGAAAAAUUAUCGACCCGCGAGUUUUAACACUAAAUUAUACUAUUGUUUUACGUGAAUCUUAUCUAAAACUCAAACGAAAACAUUUAUAAUAGUUUUGUAUGUUUGUUCAUUUUUUAUAUAUAUAUGUAUUUAUUUAUUUAUUGUAUAGAGUUUACAUGCCCAGUUUAAAAAGUUUUAUAUUAUCUCUUGUUGCCCUUGUAAACUUACUAAAAAUAUAGAAAGAAAAUUUAUUAAAUUCUUCUUUCCUAUCUUUGUGUUGUCGAAGCGAUUGAAGAUUUUUAACUUGGUUAUUGUUCCUGUUUUGUAACGUAUACAUUUACAAAUAAAAUAUGUGAUAUUUUACCUGAUAAAUUUAUACACUAUAUUAUAAGGUUUUAGUGCGCGCACUGAUGUAAACAAAAGUUUUAAUUGUAUAGCAGUGAGUAGUAAAUGUCGAGUAAAAAAUAUCCCUCCUUACAAAUAAGAACGAAUAUUGAGAUUUGACAGGUACUGCAGAGGGAAUUAUGGAUAAGAUUUAUAACUAACCAUUUUUUUGAACGAAAGUAUUUGAUUAACUAUUAGUAAACUAUUUUCUAAUAUUAAAACUUUUGUACCGUAUUUAUACUAAAAUUGUUACUAUUAAGUAUUUAUUAUAUUAUUUAUGAUACAUAUUAUAUUUAUGGUUUUUUGAAUAUCUAUUUUUGAUAAAUUAUUAUGAUAUAUUUAA